CAGCCGCUCACUAUUUGAAGCAGCGUGGUCAGGUAUAACGUGUUGCUGGGUCUGAUAUACGACACGUCGUACGUUAAUUAUUGGGUUGAAUAAAGUUAACUUGUUAAUAGUGCUACACGCUCAGUGGAUAUAUAGUCGUUCGUUUCUAGACAUCGAAAAUGAUAAAUAUUAAUACAAGAUCAGUUCUACGACCUGAGUACUUAUAUCACUCCUUCAACUUUUCUGCUCCGUCUACUCUCAGAAAUUAUGAUUGCAUUUCAAGUAAGAUUAACACAAAUACUGCACCUGUCUAUUGCCUAGAAGGCAAGUCGUAUGUUAAAAGGUUGCGUCCUGAUAAUAAACGAGUUCAUCCAUACAAAAAGCCCUUUGGGAAUUUUGCGACUAGCACAACCAACCCACCUGACAAGAUUCUGUGGCCUGGGACUUCGAACAGAUCAGACUCAUCGGAUUCCGAAGGUGUUUCUCAAGAAAAUUCUUCUCCAUCCCUAUCGUAUGUGUCUAGGUAUUCAUCUGAAUCUACGACUCAAAGCUACGAAACUAAAUCUCAUGUAAAUGAUGUUCAGUCUGUUCGAGAAGGUAACACAUCACAUCCUAGGUCGCAUUCUCAUGGUCAGGCUGAACAAAUUCGAAGAUCGCGUGAAUCCAUAACAUUUGCUCUUAUCGAUGCCCAAUUAUCAAUACCACCUCUUAGUCAAGUUAGAGAUAUGUACUUGCAAACUCGAAGUGGUUGUGGAACAUCAAACUCUACAGCACGAACUACCAAAAAAGCGAAUUUAUCUGUUGUGCAUACGGUUGUCAGAUUCAGGAUUAAAGAAUACCUUAUUGAGCUGCGUGAACAUAUACGCCGUUCGCUCGAUACGUUGUUCUACAAUUUAGUUGAGAACUAUGACUCUAAGUCCAGAGAUACUUUGGCCACCGAAAUCCUUGGAUUACCAAGUCGCCUAUGUUCCCCUGAUUGUGACUUCUGUUUAGAUUUACUACCAAGAAAUGAGCGUUGCCGAACUCAAAACUAUGAUUCCAACCGUGCGAACAAAUAUCCAACUCAGCUGCUUGCGCAAAUAUCCAGCACUAGUCGUUCACCAAGUCCUUUAUCAACCAGACCACAAAUAUCCAUAUCUUUGCCAUCGAACGAAACGCUUCGCUCUCAGACUCCUCCCGACUCAGCCUCAUGUGUGGGUUCCGAUAUUGAUGUGCCUCCAGACAUUAAACCUGCAGAAAGUUGCUUUAAUGAUAAUACUAAUGCAAUUCUCAACACCAGGUUAAAUCAGUCCUUAUUUCUAGAUUCAUCUUCUGUGUUGGAGAGACCCUUGCCAUCGUACCACAUAAACGUUUUUGAUUCUCGGAACCACAAACGUGUCAGACUUGACAGUACAUCGCUUCGCCUCUCCAAUGAAUUUGAUUAUACAGAUUGGACUGCAGAUGAUAUUGACUUCGGUCCGUGUGGAGAAGAGCUUGUUGAUCUACAUUCUCUAGUUUUUGAUUCAAGUUCAGAUAUCCCAUCAAAGCUCGAUGAGACUUUUUUUGACCCCGCUUAUGACGUCAGUGAUUUAAUGCAUCACUUCACGAUGGACAAAUACCACAGUCAUCAACUUGCCAUAAGUCCAUAAACACGUGCCUCUUCUGUACAGUUACUAUCAUGCAUGCUUUUUUCCCUUAGCCAUUGCACUUUUUAUUCUACUCGUUGAUUUUCUUCAUUCCGCCUCGACUUUGUACAUAAAAAACGAUACAAAACUCAUUUUGGUUAACUUUUGCAGAUUAUAUAUUAUCCUAUUCGUUUUUUUUUGUACAUUUGCCAUAUACGUUUUGCACUCGGCUGUUAGUCGCUAUUGUGUACAAUUUUUAAGCUGAGUGGAUCAGUAGUCUUUUUGUAAUUUCGAAUAUUUCGUUUUUCAGCAGACAAAUAUAAUGCGUAUAUGUUUUU